ACUUUUUAUGUCAACAUGAAAUCUGGACUGCUCUCCAACACAGCACAACCGAAGAACCUGGAGGGCUACGUGGGCUUCGCAAAUCUUCCCAACCAGGUUUACAGAAAGUCCGUGAAGCGGGGCUUCGAGUUCACCCUCAUGGUUGUUGGGGAAUCUGGGCUGGGGAAGUCGACGCUCAUCAACUCGCUGUUUCUGACAGACCUUUACUCCCCUGAAUACCCGGGCCCUUCACACAGAAUCAAGAAAACUGUUCAGGUGGAGCAGUCUAAGGUGCUGGUGAAGGAGGGCGGAGUUCACCUCCUGCUCACCAUCGUGGACACGCCCGGCUUUGGAGACGCCGUGGACAACAGUAACUGCUGGCAGCCGGUCAUCGACUACAUCGACAGUAAGUUUGAAGACUACCUGAACGCUGAGUCGCGCGUCAACAGACGGCAGAUGCCCGACAGCAGAGUGCAGUGCUGCCUCUACUUCAUCGCUCCCUCCGGACACGGACUGAAGCCCCUCGACAUUGAAUUCAUGAAGCGAUUACACGAGAAGGUCAAUAUCAUCCCUCUCAUCGCCAAGGCCGACACAAUGACUCCUGAGGAGUGCCAACAGUUCAAACACCAGAUCAUGAAAGAAAUCCAGGAGCACAAAAUCAAAAUCUACGAGUUCCCGGAGACGGACGAUGAGGAGGAGAUGAAGAUGGUCAGGAGGAUCAAGGAUCGUUUACCUCUGGCGGUCGUUGGCAGCAACACCAUCAUCGAGGUCAACGGGAAGAGAGUGCGCGGCAGGCAGUAUCCCUGGGGGGUGGCUGAAGUGGAGAACGGAGAGCACUGCGACUUCACAAUCCUCAGAAAUAUGCUCAUCAGGACAAACAUGCAGGACCUGAAGGACGUGACGAACAACGUGCACUACGAGAAUUACCGCAGCAGGAAGCUCGCUGCGGUCACGUACAACGGCGUAGACAACAACAAGAACAAGGGACAGCUCACCAAGCCUGAGACAUCUGAUGGCAUGAGUCCUCUGGCCCAGAUGGAGGAGGAGCGGCGGGAUCACGUGUCCAAGAUGAAGAAGAUGGAGCAGGAGAUGGAGCAGGUGUUCGAGAUGAAGGUGAAGGAGAAGCUGAUGAAGCUCCGAGACUCUGAGGCCGAGCUCCAGAGGCGUCACGAGCAGAUGAAAAAGAACCUGGAGUUGCAGCACCGAGAGCUGGAGGAGAAACGCCGGCAGCACGAGGAGGAGAAGAACAGCUGGGAGGCUCAGCAGAGGAUCCUGGAGCAGCAGAAGCUAGACGCCUCCAGGACCUUGGAAAAGAACAAAAAGAAGAAGAUAUUCUAACCCCUCCGGAGGACCUUCCUGACCCUUCCCGUGUUUUAUUAUUUCCAGCCCGCCCCGCCCUGAGAGCUUCUGUCAAUCGCCACGUUACUGUGAUAAUCAAGAGAAGCCAGCAGGGGGCAGUGUCGCCCGGACUCUGAAUCUACCCAAUCAUGCUCUGCCUUCCCUCGACUCCCUCCUCCAUAUUAUCCUUUUAUCCAUCAGUGUGCAUUCACACAAACCAGUAUACUCAUAGAAACCUUCAUCAUGACGAGCAGGAAGUCUGUCUUUCCUCUCCUCCUCCUCCUCCUCCUCCUUUGGGAAUGUUGGACGCUGCGUCCAUUUUAAUGCCAAAAACCAAACGAAGAGCUCGGCCCGUCUGCAGCUCACCUCAGGCACUGUUAUUUUUUAUAUAAAUAUAUAUAAAUGUAUCUUUCGGUUCACUUAUUAUUUAGGUAUCGCAUUUAACUUCCUCCCAGUCCUCUUCCAGCUCCUGUGAUGUAAAUUGUAUAACCAUGAACUGCAGUGUUUCUCUCUGAACAUGUGUAACGUUUUCUUACUUUUGUUUUUAUUUCCUUUUGUAUCGGCCCUGCUUUAGUUUACCGUAGCCUUUCUGUUGGACGCCUAACAUUUUAAUCCCGACUUCACUCACGCUGAGUGUAACGACGUUCAAGAAACUGCUCCUGAAGUGUUUUUACGUGAAUUUAUUUUCCACUUCUCGUGCAGAUUCUUUUCCAACUGAGUAUUUCCAGGGGCAGCAUGUGGAGGUGUUGUUGCUCAGUAACUGCAGCUUCUUCACGCCACGUUUAGCACUGUCUGUGUUCUGCAUCUGCAUUUUUAAUGUCCUGUGUUGUUGUUUUAAAGUCACAUAAUAAAAACUGUGAUGGGGAAAAAACACCUGUGACCUUA